UGGGUACAUCACUCUAAAUUGUCUUUAACGUCGCUGAAGCAGCAACACGCUUUUUAUUUUUUUAGGAGUGACUGAGGCAGGUUUGCUAUUAAACAGGAGUAUAGCCCUUCUUUGGAAAGCAAAACGAUAACGCAGUAGCUCUUAUUACUGAGAUAAAGAUUUAUUCGUGGGGUUUAUCAUUAUUCAAACGUAUCGGUGGCCGGGUGUGAAUGAUGGAUGAUAUGCGGCCUAGCGGCGGAGCUGGAGCCAUGGGUCUGGCGUCGCUAUUCCCCCCGGGUCUGCAAGCUAUUUACGGGGAAUGCAGGCGGCUGUACCCCGAGCAGCCCAACCCGCUGCAGGUCACAGCCAUCGUGAAAUACUGGUUGGGAGGGCCGGAUCCCUUGGAUUACAUUAGCAUGUACAGGUGCGUGGGGAGCCCGGCGCAGCAUGUUCAGGAACACUGGCACUACGUUAGCUUUGGGCUGAGCGAUCUCUAUGGAGACAACAGAGUGCACGAAUUUACUGGACAAGAUGGACCGAGUGGAUUUGGGUUCGAGCUGACGUUUCGGCUAAAGCGAGAAGCAGGAGAGACAGCCCCCCCAACGUGGCCAGCGGAGCUCAUGCAGGGGCUGGCUAGAUAUGUGUUCCAGUCAGAAAACACGUUCUGCAGCGGGGAUCAUGUUUCGUGGCACAGUCCUUUAGAUAACAGUGAAUCCCGCAUCCAACACAUGCUGCUGACUGAGGACCCCCAGUUACAGCCAGUGCAAACACCCUUUGGACUGUUAACAUUCCUGCAGAUUGUGGGUGUUUGUACAGAGGAGCUCCAGGCUGCCCAGCAGUGGAACGGGCAAGGAAUCCUUGAUUUAUUACGCACUGUCCAUGUUGCUGGAGGCCCUUGGUUAAUCACUGACAUGAGAAGAGGGGAGACCAUAUUUGAAAUUGAUCCACACCUACAACAGGAGAGAGUGGAUAAAGGGAUGGAGACGGAUGGCUCUAACCUGAGUGGUGUGAGUGCAAAGUGUGCUUGGGAAGAUCUGAGCAGGCCUCCAGACGAUGAGGAUGACAGCAGGAGUAUCUGCGUGGGCUCCCAGCCUCGCCGCCUGUCUGACAAAGAUACGGAACAGAUCCGAGAGGCCUUGCGGAGGGGACUAGAAAUUAACAACAAACCUGUUUUACCACCGAUCAGUGGACAAAGACAGAGUCAUGACCGGCCCCAACAAUCAGUGGGCCAUUUGCAGAGCCAGCAGACUUCAAGGAGCCGUAAAGACAGUCUGGAAAGUGAAAGCUCUGCAGCCAUUGUCCCUCAUGAGCUGGUCCGCACCAGACAGCUGGAGAGUGUCCACCUCCAGUUCAACCAGGAGUCUGGGACGCUUAUUCCACUGUGCCUGAAGGGCCGGCUGCUCCACGGAAGACACUUCACAUACAAAAGUAUUACAGGUGACACUGCCAUCACAUUUGUAUCAACAGGAGUGGAAGGAGCCUUUGCGACUGAGGAACAUCCGUAUGCUGCUCACGGACCGUGGCUACAGAUAUUACUGACCGAGGAGUUUGUAGAAAGAAUGCUUGAAGAUCUGGAGGACCUAACGGCACGAGAAGGACCUAAGCUACCCAGGGAGUAUAGCUGGCCGGAGAAGAAGCUGAAGAUCUCCAUCUUGCCGGACUCUGUGUUUGACAGCCCUCUGCAGUAGCGCAGGAGAGACCACGCGACGGGUCUCAGAGAGAAGUACCCCCCGACUCCACUGCUGCAGUGAAGCUAAGCUCAAUGAAAAACAGAGUAGAGAUGUGGAAACAACACCUGACCUGCAUCUGGAAACGUUGGCCUGCCCAGACUGGGUGAGGUGCUGUUUGUCUAAGUGCCCUUCCACUCCAUCCUGUCUCGAUUCCACAACAUUUCAGCUGCUGUGUGUGUGAAUACCCUGUACUAUACAAACACUGCUUUGUGCUCGACUCAGUUGAGUCUAUGGGGAGCUAGACUGAGGAACAUCUUAACAGAAAUUCCCUGAUCCAGGAGUUAUCCGUGUUGGCGUCUGUCCAGACCUGUGAUGGGACCAGGAACACUGUUUGGUUGGUUUGAUCAACCUAAACCCUGCCAGGAUCAGCCACAGCUGGAGUAUAUUUUAGAGCAUUUGACCAAUCCAGCUGUGGCUUCUCAAGGUAUGCGCUGAUCAAACCAAACCUCAACUGUGGAAAAAGAAAAGGACCCUUGCUAAAUCCAUGGAUCAGGUUUCCAUCACACAGUUACAAAAUAAACAAGUUGCACAUUAAUCAGUGUGGUGGUGGUGUUUGUAUUGUAACUAUUUGACUGAAGUACAGGCCAACUACUCCGUUUCCAUUGUUUGUACCUUUUUUUUUUGUUUUUUUUUUUUUAAUUGAUUUAUGAUCAUGCCAAAGAUGUAUGUUCCAUUGGCAGGUAACUUAUUUUGUAUUGGAAUCGGUUUGAAACCUGACUGUUUGUUUUUUGUAAUUGUUUGAAUUUUUUAAUUUUUUUAUCUUUUAUUCUAUAUGUUGACUCUUCCUCGAUACACGGUGUGUUACUUCUACUGGUCCGUGUAUAAACACUUUCCAAUUGGAAUGAGCGCCACCCUUAAAACUGUGUGUCUCUGCCAACUGAAAGAAACGCUUCAAACAAAGUUAAUCGUUGAUUCUAUGACUUCUGCUUACUUAUCAGCAGUGCAAGAAGGUGUUCUUCAUUAGCAGAGAUUAGUUUUUAAUAUUGUACAUUAUGUAAAAAAUGUUACACUAUAUUUUAGUGCAGGUUUGGCAUGCACAUUCCCUUUUCUAAUAGCCUUUUUGUGAAUCACUAAACUGCCUUUCUGUAAUGUUUAAGUGCAUUAAAACUAUAUUUACAGAAAGUUCUGUUUCUCUGUG